AUGGGCUCUACUGAACCAAUUUUGCAGAAAGUCUUAGGCGUGGGCAUUAUCGGAUGCGGGGAGGUCUGCCAAACGGUUCACCUUCCUACACUCGGCCAUCUGUCAGAUUACUUUCAAGUUACUUAUCUUUGCGAUGUGUCCUCAGAUGCGCUCCAGCAUUGUAAGAAGAAGGUAGCCGGACAGGAACCAGAAACCACGCGUGAUGUGGCAACUCUUUGCGCCUCACCAAGUGUCGACGUCGUCUUCAUCACCAAUUCCAAUGAGUAUCACGCAGCCCACGCAAUCAUUGCCUUACAACACAACAAACAUGUUCUACUAGAGAAACCAGCUUCGAUAACCAUCCGGGAUGCGGACGCCAUAGUCGCAGCAGAAUCGAAGUCCCGUGGGAAAGUCUUUGUGGGAUAUAUGAGACGAUAUGCAGCAGCAUUUGUCGAUGCGAUUGAAGAGAUCGGCAGUGUCGAAAAGAUCCUCUAUGCUCGCGUUAGGGUAGAUAUCAUUGGACCCAAUCAUAUCUUCGUUGAUCAAUCUGGCACCUUCCCCAAGAAAUUUUCAGAUUUCGCACCUGCAGACACCGAAGACAUCGUCAACCGGAACACAGAACUUCUGACGCAGGCUCUGGAAGUUGAGUGUGGCGUGGAACAGACAGAUAGAUCAAAGCGAUUCUGGCGCAUCUUAGGAGGACUUGGAAGUCACGAUUUGUCCGCCAUGCGAGAAACACUCGGAAUGCCCACAUCCGUCAAGGGAGUCUCUUACAACUUUCCAUUUUGGAAUGUCUUAUUUCAAUACCCUGGUUUUGCAGUGUCGUACGAAUCGGGAAUGGAUCAAGUUCCGCGAUUUGACGCACACAUCGAAAUAUACAGUGCGAAAAAGACAGUCCGAGUACAAUAUGAUACACCUUAUGUCAAGGGCCUUCCAACCACGCUUCACAUUUGCGAGAAUGUUAACGGUGCUUACAAAGAAUCGAUGAUCAGAAGGACAUACGAAGACCCUUACACAUUGGAGAUUAUGGAGCUCUACAAGAUGAUAGUAGAGGGAAAACAGAUCAAGACAACAGCUGCCGAUGCAAAGAAGGACUUGGAAAUUUUUGGCAUGAUUAUGAGGGCAGGUUUCCCGGUGUUAGACUCUUCGAAAGUCAAGAGCAAUGGAUAUGCCGUACAGGAUGGAUGUUGA